AUGACUUCCUCCACCAGACUCUACGUUAAGGGAAAGCACCUGUCUUACCAGCGAAGCAAGCGUGUUGUUAACCCCAACGUGUCUCUCGUCAAGAUUGAGGGUGUCUCCAACCCCGAGGAGGCCAAGUUCUACCUCGGAAAGCGAGUGGCUUACGUCUACCGAGCCGACAAGGAGAUUCGAGGCACCAAGGUCCGAGUCAUCUGGGGCAAGAUCGUCCGAACUCACGGUAACUCUGGCGCCGUCCGAGCCCGAUUCCGACACAACCUGCCUGCCAAGACCUUCGGCUCUUCUCUCCGAAUCAUGCUCUACCCUUCUAACAUCUAA